AUGGGAGGUAUAAGCUUUAAGCAAGUUUGUGACAUUGAGUUAAGUGCAAAAUAUCAAAAAAUUAAAAUAAAAUUUCAGCUUUGGGAUACAGCUGGAGAAGAAAAAUACAAAUCAUUGACAUCAGUGUUUUAUCGCAAUGCACAUGCUGUUAUAGUAGUUUUUGACUUAUCAAGACAAGAAACAUUUUCUAGCAUAUCUGAGUGGCUUUCUUGUAUUAGAGACAACUGCUCAGAUGAUGUUCAAAUAAUUCUGGUAGGGAAUAAAUGUGAUUUGGAUCGAAAUGUAGAUGAAAGUGAAAUUGAGGACUUAGCCUACUUGUACAAUCUGUUUUACACAGAAGCCAGUGCAAAGACAGCUGUUAAUAUUGCAGAAACUUUUGUAAAACUUGCAGAAAAUUUGGUUGAACAAGAGAAUCAGUUACGUUCACUUCAGUCUAUUGACUCAGGACCAAGUAGUUUGUGGCUGCAUUUACAAGAAGCUAAUACUAAAACACCUACUGCCAGUCACACUGUUAUAUUUCCUGCUCAUACAGGUAUGGGACAUUUUAUAUGUUCAACCUGUCACUUCUAA